AUGCCUAGAGGUGGACAUAAGGGGGGCCUAUUUCCUGUUAGUGGAAUAAAAUGGGGUAUGCAUGAACGAGUUAAAAAGAGGGGGUUAUAUCAUAAUAGGAGGGAAGAUAUUUUAACACCUAGAUGGGGGUAUAGAUAUGAAAAUCGAAAUAAAAAAUAUUUACCAGAUGGAAGUUCUAAAUCUUUUGAUUAUGAUGUAACAAAAGCUUGGCCUCAAGAAAGAAAACAAUGGAAUUAUUAUUAUACAAUUAAUGAAGGUAGAUAUAUAUGGCCUAGUAUAUGUGCAUAUAAUCCUGAUAUUAAAAACUAUAUUUUAAAUGUUUUAGAGGAUAGUCAAAAUCGACCAUUUAGUGGAAUUGGAUUUGAUGAAGUUCAAAAUGAUUAUAUAAAAGACCAAAGCAAUAGUAAUAAUGAUAACAGUUUAAAUAAUAUGAACAGCAAUAAUAAAAAUAGCUAUUUGUAUAAGCUAGCUACCGAAUUUAAUAAUACUAUAUAUCCACAAAUUGAAGUAAAUUUAAAUAAUCGAUUAAAAAGAGGAAGAAUUCAAAAAUUAUAUGAUAUUAUAAAAGAAGAAAAUAUAUGGAAAACUACACAAAAAAUAAAAACAGCGCAAACUGAAAAUGUAUUUCCAUAUGUUGACGAUAAUGCUACUUUAAUAAGAGAAUUACCACUCUCUGAAAUUUUAUAUACAAAAAGUAAUUUAAGAUUAAAAGUUAGAAGACAUCCAAAAUGGAUGAAUGUCCAAUUUUUAAAAAAAAAGUUAAAAAUACCUUACUUGUACAGGAGAAGAGUUUCAAGGGAAGAAUUACAAAAAAAAGAACUCGGAUCAUUUUUUUAA